AGUCACGUGACGCGGGAGCCGGCCCACUGCCCCUUCAAGAUGGCGGCGCGCGGAGGGGAGGGGCGGCUGUUGUUGAAGCUUUAUUGUUCCCGCUGCUCCUGCCUCCGCGGCCCGUGUCCGCCGCGCCGCAACCAAUAAAGGGUUUUGUGGAGACCACAGCAGGAGGAGGCCUGUAGACCCUGUCCUGGUAUCAUGGAGCUUCCUGGUUACAGCAGCCAGCUGCUGCAGCAGCUCUGUACCCUCUGCAAAGAGCAGCAGUUCUGUGAUUGCACCAUCUUCAUUGGGAAUGUUCACUUUAGGGCACACAAAGUGGUUUUGGCUGCUGCCAGCCUGCUUUUUAAAUCCCUGUUGGACAGUACAGACACCAUCUCCAUCGAUGCUUCUGUGGUGACCCCUGAGGAGUUCGCUCUCUUGCUGGAGAUGAUGUACAGUGGCAAACUCCCACUGGGGAAACACAAUUUCACCAAAGCUAUCUCCGUGGCAGAUAGCCUGCAGAUGGUUGAUGUGGCUGUCAGUUGCAAAAACCUCCUCAGGGACCUCAUCAGCUGUUCUACUCAGGACCAGGUAGUAAGUGAAGUCUCCAGCCAGGCAGCAGACUCAUGUGAAAACCAUGCUGAAGCUAAUAACCUGCCCCAGCCUGAAAAAACUGAUGAAGGAAAAACAGAUAUCCUCAUACCACAGAGACUUUCCCCUUUUCUUGGCUCUGAACAAGCAGAAGUGGAAGCAGAUGUUUCUCCUCCUGGCCAGGAACUUGCUGUGAAUCACACAUGGGUGCACCAGGAUGGGAUAUCGAAUGACUCCAGAUCCCUCCAGGAGGGUCCAGGCUCUCAUCCUGAUCAGCCUGCCUGUGCUGAGCAGGGUGGCUGUGCAGAAGAGGAGCUUCCUGAGCCUCCAGAGGAGAAAGGAGGAGUGAGGAGAGAUUUAGCAGCAGACAACGAAAGCUGUAAACUGGAUUUCUUUCUUCGGUAUGAAAGCAUUUUCUCUGAGGCCCUUUCUGAUGCCCAGGCUGUGCUGAACAGGCUAGAAGAGUGCAGAGAAAUUGAUGCCUCUCAGAAGGAGGCUCUGGUUUCCUGCCUGGCAGAGGCAGGGGAGCAGUCAGUGUUCAAGAAGCUGCUGAGCAAGGUGAAGGAUGCUCAGCCCCUGGAUGCUCAGCCCCUGGAUGCUCAGACCCUCGUGUCUUUACUGAAGCUGUUUCAAGACACAAACCCCAAGCUGAAAGUGGUUUUGCUGGAGAGGGAACAGGGCAGUGGAGAAGCCCUGCAGCAAGGAGAGAGCACAGACGAGGGAGAGACGCUGACUGCUCGCUUGCUGGGAUGCAGGGAGGAGCUGAUCCAGAGCGUGACACAGCUGAGCCCCAUCCUAGAGUUCUUGGAGGCAGCAGAAGAGGGAUUCCUGACUGCCUCGGAGAAGCGGGUGGUUUUGGAUUGCUGUGGAGGCACCUCUCAGAGGGAAGCCGUGGACAAUCUCCUCAGGAAGGUGGAUGAAGAGAAAACCCUAAAAGUUGAAAGUUUGGUCAAACUUCUUGGGGCUAUGAAAGCAUCCUUCCCUGGUCUCCACCUUGUGCUGGACAACUUAGUGGCAACAGCAGAUGUCUCUGAUGGCAAAGUGGCCAACAGCAAGAGCACAGCCGUUGAGAUCAUCCUGCGGCACAGCAAGCUGAUCACAGAGGCCAUCCAGAAAAGAGGGGACCUGGAGAGCUUGGCCCCAGAGGAGGCAGGACUCACUGAAGCAGUAAAAGAGCUGCUGAGUAUUUCUGCUCAGGAGGGAAGUUCAGAGGCCUCCUUGAAAGCAGCCCUGAGCACAGCCCAGGAGAAGUCUGUCCUGGCCAUCAAGAUCUGUCAGCUGCUGUGCAACGUCCAUGAGUCCUUCCCAGACCUGCAGCCAGUGAUGCAGGAGCUGGGGCAUGUGGGUCUCUUGACUGAGGGAACUGGGGAGAAGCCUGGGAUUAGGAAGUGGAAGGUGAACAGUAAAUCCCAAGUUGAAGCCCUGGACAAAGAUGAGGACAAGGCAGGAGGUGCUGGUGCCAAGGAACCGAAGGAACCCCAUGAAAAACCUUCUUCCAAGAAGAGUUUUGUCUGCAAAGCCUGUGAUAAGACCUUCCAUUUCUACUGCCGCCUGAAGGUGCACAUGAAACGUUGUCGGGUGGCCAGAGGGAAGCAAAUCCAGUGUAAGGAGUGCAGUGAGGUCAAAUCGACAAAGAAGGAGCUGGAGGAGCAUCAGCUGGAGGUCCACAGUGUGGUGGGGAUGGUCAAGAAGAAGAAGAAGCGGCUCCCUGUGACGUGUGACAUCUGUGGCCGAGAGUUUGCUCAUGCCUCAGGGAUGCAGUACCACAAGCUGACGGAGCACUUCGAUGGGAAGCCCUUCUCCUGCAAGGAAUGCGGGGCCAAGUUUGCAGCCAACUCCACGCUGAAGAACCACGUGCGGCUGCACACUGGGGACCGGCCCUUCGUGUGCAAGCACUGCCUGAUGACCUUCAUGCAGGCCUCGGCCCUUGCCUACCACACCAAGAAGAAACAUGCUGAGGGGAAGAUGUACGCCUGCCAGUACUGCGACGCCGUGUUCGCCCAGUCCAUCGAGCUGUCACGCCACGUCCGCACGCACACCGGGGACAAGCCCUACGUCUGCCGGGAAUGUGGGAAAGGUUUCCGCCAGGCCAACGGGCUCUCCAUCCACCUCCGCACCUUCCACAACAUUGAAGAUCCCUAUGACUGCAGGAAGUGCCGGAUGAGCUUUGCCACCCUGCAGGAGCACCGCAAGCACGUCCAUGAAGCCCACUCUCGGGAAUACCACCCCUGCCCGACCUGCUCCAAAGUGUUCAGUGCCCCAUCACUCCUGGAGCGCCACAUGGUGACCCAUGUUGGGGGAAAGCCCUUUAGCUGUGAGAUCUGUGAUAAAGCUUACCAGCAAUUGUCAGGGUUAUGGUACCACAACCGGACCCACCACCCCGACAUCUUUGCAGCUCAGAACCACCGCUCCUCCAAGUUCUCCUCCCUGCAGUGCAGCUCCUGUGACAAAACCUUCUCCAGCACUGCCGCUCACCGAAAGCACGUCAAGGCAGAGCACACAGAUGUGAAGUUCCAUGAGUGUGAGACAUGCAAGGAACGUUUCCCUACCCUGGCCCUCCUGCAGGUCCAUGUGAAGUGCAGGCACUCAGGCUCACAGCCCUUCCGUUGUCUGUACUGCUCCGCAUCCUUCCACCUCCCCGGGGCCCUGCAGAGCCACGUCACCAGCGAGCACUUCAAGCAGAAGGAGAGCACCUUCCCCUGCGAGCUCUGUGGGGAGCUCUUCCCAUCCCAGGGCGAGCUGGAGGAGCACUGCAGCGCUGAGCAUCCCAAGGUGCUCUUCUCCCAAGCCACCACAGCCCAGGUUGUGCAGGUGAUUCAGACGUCGGAGCAAGGAGCAGCAGAGCACAUCAUCUCUUUCGAUGACGUCCAGCUUGCUGGCUCCCAGGUCUUUGUGACGUUGCCUGAAUCUCAAGUGAGCCAAACUGGCUCUGAGCUGGUGGCAGUGACUAUGGAGGACUUGUUUGAUGACAAAAUCAUGCUGAUUUGUGAAGAAACCAAGUGAGAGUGAGCAGCGGGUGCCCAUGCA